AUGAACACCGACCUGCUCGCCGACGCCGAGGUGCGAGCCCUGAUGGUCAAAGGGCACCUCGGCUACCGUACCCCCAACAGUCAGAAGCCGUCCAGCUGGGCGAUACAGCCGCGAUGUUCGUUGGCCCCGAUCAGAGAGCCCUCGAUCCCAAGCCCAGACUACAGUCCUGUCAGAGACAUUGACAGUGAAGCUGCUGAACUCCCGAGGGCCAGGAGCCUGCACUGCCUCCAGGCUUCAACAAGUCAAGUGUUCCACUCCGAGCCGAGACCUCGGCUUAGAAGAAGCCCCACAAAGCUUCAACGAUUCCCUGGGCAAAGUUUGAGCUACAGUACCGAAGACUUCUUUCCAAAAACGGCCGAAACGGAUGAGAAAAAGAGAAGAACCCAAACCCUACCCUCCAAAGAAGAACAAUUCAAGAUCAUGGCAGCCGAAAAGCUAGUCGUAGCCCUGGAGAAUAUGGAAAGAGCAAAGAAACGGAAUUCGAUUGAGGGUACUGUAGUGCACCCACACCGCAGGGGAUCACGAUCGGCCCUCGAUUUCCUGGGCGCGUUUUUUGUCGGAAGUAAAAGAGGGGUGGAAGCGGAGAAGCCGAAGACUAUCGUCAGCCAACCGACGCUGAUUUCGACGACUGUCGCGCCGGAUGUGGCACUCCGGGAAUUACCCCGGGCUGGAAGAGUGUCGACAAACUCCGAGCGGAAACGCGACAACGCUUCCACUCGGGAUGCCAUGCGUGAGCUCCUCUCCCGCUCCGGCCCCUACCCUCAAGUCGUGCAGCCCUCUGCCGGCUUCUGGGUGGACGGUGUCUCCUCCUCAAAUGUGGUCAUCGACGACGAGAUGGCACAGCACGGACAUGUUAAUAGCUGUGCGAGGUUCAAGCUCGAGAUGGACGACACUGGAAACUGCUACAGGAGACAUUUCUUUGGCAGGGAGCACCACGACUUCUACGCUCACGACGCUGCCCUGGGUCCGUUGGUACUAUCGGUACGGACGGAGACGAUCUCGUCACAGGACCACUUCCGUAUCAUGCUCCGUACGAACCAGGGGACGAUUCACGAGAUUGUUCCUGCUUCCGCACUGGCCGACCGUCCAUCAGCUUCUCGUAUGGCUCGCCUUCUCUGCGACGAGGUGACGACCGACAAGUUCUGUCCGGUCGCUUUCCCCGGAGGGUCAGAAAUGAUUGUACAAUACGACGAGCACGUCAUCACCAACACGUACAAGUUCGGCGUCAUCUACCAGAAGAAGGGGCAGACGACCGAGGAGGAGCUCUUUGGGAACGCGACUUCUUCGCCGGCUUUUGAAGAGUUUUUGAGUGUCCUUGGGGAUACGGUGACGCUGCAGGGUUUCCAGGGCUAUCGUGGCGGGCUGGAUACACAGCACGGCCAAACCGGUCGGGAAGCUGUUUACACGGAUUUCCGAGGGCGAGAAUGUCUUUUCCACGUCUCUACCAUGUUGCCAUAUACCCAUGGAGAUAAACAACAACUUCAGAGGAAACGCCACAUCGGAAAUGACAUCGUGGCCAUCGUAUUCCAAGAGGAAAAUACCCCAUUUGCACCUGAUAUGAUCGCCUCCAACUUCUUGCACGCCUACAUCGUCGUGCAGCCGAUCGAGGCCGGCACCGACAAAGUUCGAUACAGGGUCGCGGUCGCAGCCCGUGAUGAUGUCCCGUUCUUCGGUCCGACUCUCCCUGCCCCUCCCGUCUUCCGUAGAGGCCAGGACUUCCGCAACUUCCUCCUGACGAAGCUUGUCAAUGCUGAGAACGCAGCGUACAAGAGCCAAAAGUUUGCACACUUGGCGGAGCGAACACGGACAAGCCUGCUAGCCGAUCUUUUCGAUGGGCUAAAGGCCAAGGGCGAAUUCUAUGGACUUCCGCUUCUGGAGACUGUCGAGCCACCGGUGGCUAAUACUGGGUUAUUGCACUCGGUCAAGAAGGCGUUGAGCGGACGCUCUCGCUCCAUUUCUCAAGACGUUCACAACAACACCCCUACCCGGGCCACCUCCAUGUCGAUGCCCAUCCGGCAGUACACCGCCCCACAGAAGCGAAGUGCCCUCUCCGAGACGCUCUCAAAAUCGAGCUCAUCCUCAAGAGACGAGCCUGCCCAUAAUCACCACGACGACAAGGAGUCUCGCGAUUCUCUAUUCGACGAGGGGGAAUCCGUUUCUCCAUCAGCAGUGUCAUCAAAUAUUCGAGGGGCCGUUCAGAAGAAGAUCAUCAACAGGCAAAUGUCGAUGAAGUCUGGACCCAGAAUAUCGAACGGCCGUACCGAAUGGGAAUUGUCAUCCAACGAAGGUGCUGAACAAGAGCACGACUCGGACACGGGCAUGGAGUCCCUCUCCUCGGCCGACCAUUCGAGCGCCAGGGUCUCAUGCAAUUUCUGCACCGACGAGACGGUGGAGCACAAGCAUGAGGGGAAGAGAGGGGCCCAGAGACACGAUCUCGAGUCCGAGCUGGACAAGGCCAACGAGGAGAUCGCCCGGCUUCGACGCCUCCUCAGCACCUCCGACUCACCCUCAAUCCACCAGGGCCCCAAUCGAACCCCCGCCGAGCAGAUCACUAUCGUAUCCCAG